CCUCGGGGCGCAUCCUGUCCACGCGCCACGGGGCAUCUUAUCAGAGACGUCGUCGAUCUCCUCGCACGUACGUACGUGUAUAAAUCGUGUAAAGCUUCUCUUGCUUCGGUUCGCGCUCGGUGGAAAUUUUUUUUUUUUUUCUUUUUUUGAAGAGGAAGAAAAUUAAAAAUAUACAGUUAUCGAGGGAUUUGAUUGAAUUGAAAAUCGGUGAUGGUAUUUACUUAGGAUACACGAUCUGGAAUUAUAAUAUUGAAAAACGAAAACGCUGAUAUUAAAAUAUCAAGGAGGGAGGAGAGGGGGAAAAAAUGAAUCGCAUCACGUUAAAAGAGCGGACGACUGAUCGAAGAUGAGGGAUGUCGUUCACAUGUUGAUUUUAUAACGAAACGAUGGUUGGUCGAUCUCGAUUUCAGAGAGGAUUGAGGGGAUAGAAAUGGACGGUUUCGAGCUUCCUUCAUCUUUCUACGUUUCUCGGGACGAUUAGCGAGACGACCUCGGCUGAGAGGUGGAAUGCGAAAUUUGGAGAGGGAGGGAGAAAAAGGAAGGAGGAAAUUAUCACGGGAGAAUUUCUAUUGAUCGGGAGGGAGAAAAUGGCGAACGGUGGACACGGUGUGGUAGUGAACGGGGUUGGUGCACCUGGUGCCGGCACUCUUUCGAGGGAGGAAAGACGUCGACGCAGAAGGGCGACGCAAAAGUAUCGAACUGCACACGCCACGAGAGAAAGGGUUCGAGUGGAAGCUUUCAAUCUAGCCUUCGCCGAGCUUCGAAAGCUUCUGCCUACCUUGCCACCGGACAAAAAGUUAUCAAAGAUCGAGAUCCUUCGACUCGCCAUUUGCUACAUCGCUUACUUGAACCACGUCCUCGAGGCCUGACAACCGAAUCAUCACUAUAUUUUUGCAUCGGAUCGAAUCCUCCGCCUCGAAUCGAAUAUACAAGAAGAAAGUAUACAAAUCUUUUUCCACUCUUUCUAACUCAUCUCAUUACAUACAAUUCUCUCUCUUUGUAGAUAAUAUAAUCGAAACUAUUAAUCAUUGGAAAAAUUCCUUUUUGUCAAUAUAAUUUA